AUGGAUGUUGAGGAGAUCGACAGGAAAAAGUUGUGUCCAGACCACAAGCAACAGGAAGAGAACUUGAGGGCACUCGAACUGGAAACGGUCCAAGAGAGUAGAGAUCAGGAAGGGAAAAGGGGUGGCAGGGAACAAAAGUCAAGCAUCGUGGAAGAGACGAGAGGAAUUCAAGAGGAGCACAAGGAGCAAAUGAAGAUGAUGGCAGACAAGUUACAGAAGCAGACAGAGCAAAGAAAUCGGAGGAAGGAGCGACAAGCAAUGAGGGAUAGAAUCGGAGAGCUGACUCGAGAAGUGAGAGAGGGGCUAUUAAAAGGGAAUGAAAGGACGGUGGGGGACGCAGGACAGAAGAGGGGAGGGGAGGGGAGGAAGAGAUACUUAAUGAAAUCAAAGAGCUUCAGAUAA